AUGAAUAUACCGAAGAAGUUCUGGGCAGACGUUCUCGAAACGGUGGUUGCAAUUACCAACAACACACCAACAUCUACCACCCUGUAUAAUGAGAAAUACUGGCCUACCAACAACGCCGACGAAGCACCUGCGCGAUGCCCCUAUACGGUCCCAUUCUCAGCACUAACCAACGCCCCGCCCCAACUUCGCCAUUUUAGGGAGCUAGGUGUUGAUGUUUACGCGCACCUUCAUGGAUCUCAAAAACCUACUGACAAGCUGUCCGCUAGGGCAGAAAUUUUUAAACUUAUAGGAUUCCGUGGUAACUCAAUCUACCGCCUCUGGAGUCCUACAACUGAUAAAAUAAUUGUCACCAGUGAUGUCGUUUUCCCUGCAAAGGAACCUACAACCUCGCAGGAUGACACUAACCACACGACACCCGAACCUGCAAGUCCAGCGACUUAUCUUGUUGAUGAUACUACCGUUCCUGAAUUAGCUGACGCCGAAUGG